UCUCGAUUUGAGCACUGCAGUUCCGAGCUGGGCAGGGGUCUCCGGCGACAGCGUUCAUGGCGUCACCUAGCAAGGCAGUGAUUGUUCCCGGGAACGGAGGCGGGGAUGUGGCCACCCAGGGCUGGUACGGCUGGGUGAGAAAGGGACUGGAGCAGGUUCCGGGUUUCCAGUGUCUGGCUAGAAACAUGCCUGACCCAAUUACAGCCCGGGAGAGCAUCUGGCUGCCCUUCAUGGAGACAGAACUGCACUGUGAUGAGAAGACCAUCAUCAUAGGCCACAGCUCCGGGGCUAUCGCAGCCAUGAGGUAUGCAGAGACACAUCAGGUAUAUGCUCUUAUACUGGUGUCUGCAUACACUUCAGACUUGGGAGAUGAAAACGAGCGUGCAAGUGGGUACUUCAGCCGCCCCUGGCAGUGGGAGAAGAUCAAGGCCAACUGCCCUCACAUUGUACAGUUUGGCUCCACUGAUGACCCCUUCCUUCCCUGGAAGGAACAAGAAGAAGUGGCAAAUAGGUUGGAUGCCAAAUUGUACAAAUUCACCAACCGUGGUCACUUUCAGAACACAGAGUUUCCUGAACUAAUUAGUGCGGUGAAGUCUAUGCUAAAAGUACCAGAAUAGUUGGGAUGACUCCUGCUCUCCAACAUGCCACACAGUACUAAACUUGAAAUGCCUACUUAUGCUACAGAAGUGCCUGAAAAACAAGUCUGUUUGAACACUUACACUAAGCUACUAGCAUUUUCAUUUCCCAUAGCUUAACUCUUCUUCAAAAGCUGUAACUAUAGAAGUAUUUUCUGUUUGAUAGGGAACACAGAAGGAGUUUAUUUAGCCAUCCUACUGAUCCAGGGAGCAAGUCAGAAGUAGAACCAGACAUGGUGGCGUGUCCCUGUAAUUCCAGCACUUGAGAAAGUAGGGACCAGGAGGGGCUAGCCUGACCCUGUCUCAGUAAAGAAACAGCAAGUAGACUCAGGUAUCCUGAGUCUCAUUCCAAAUUAUAACUCAGUAGCUUCUGCAAGGUGUGACCCACUCCUGACAUCCUAGUACUUGGGGAGCUGAAGAAAGUAGAUCUGGAAUUUGAGGCCUUCCUAAGCUAAAUAUUUAGUAAAACCCUGUCUCAAAAAACAAAACAAAAAACCCAAAGAAACAAAAACUAAACAAAUUUUUAUGAAACGUAUGAGAGACACCUUUUCUUUUUGAAGUAAAAUUUUCUCUUACUGGGGUAAAAAAAAAAAAAAAACAUGAUUAAAAGUCCAGAAUGUUCCUAGAAUUCAAAACUCUAGCUGCUGGGGCUGGAGAGAUGGCUCAGUGGUUAAGAGCAUUGCUUGCUCUUCCAAAGGUCCUGAGUUCAAUUCCCAGCAACCACAUGGUGGCUCACAACCAUCUGUAAAGAGCUGGCCUCCAGACAUACACACAGAAUAUUGUAUACAUAAUAAAUAAAUAAAUAUUAAAAAAAUAAAACCAAAAACUCUAGCUGCUGCUUCAUGGUGGCUCAAGAUAGCAAACUCAAAUUUGGGUCUUCAUCACUCAGAUCUCUGACCCCAUCCCAGGUCCUUCUGACAAGAUGAGAGACCAGCAUAAAGGAUCCUGAGCCAGGAAGCUACAGGGGACAGAUAUCUGCAUAGCUUGUCACCUGUAUACCAUCUUCAGGCAGACUCGCAGGAUCAGGGCUUUGGGAGUGCAGUACAGGAAUGUGACAAGUGUUGGUCUUUUUUCUAAGCUGGGGACUAUAUGCAUAUAAUCCCUACAUGAAGUAUGACAGCUGGCAACUGUAAUUGAACAAUUUGGAAAAGCUACAAGACAAAGACUAAGUUAUCCAUUUGUGAAUUUAGUCAUAAACGUUUUAGAUUCUCUAUAGAAUAGGCAGUGGUGGGGCACACCUUUAAUCCCAGCACUUGGGAGGCAGAGGCAGGUGGAUUUCUGUGAGUUCAAGACAUGGUCUACAGAGCAAGUUCUAGGACAGGCUACACAGAGGAAAAAAAAAAGAAAAAAGAAAAAGCCUAAGAUAACCAAAAUGAACGUAAGGGAGCAAUUUGUACUGUUAAGUUUUAAGUUAUCUUCCAAAAGAAGUUUCUACAAUGCAAGUUCAAUUCUGUGAAGAGUUCAACCUCUUAACUUCUAGAGAUCAUUCAGGCAUUCCAAGAUUUUUCUUAUACUUUCAUUAAAAAAAGAACCCCUUUUAAAAUAAUGUACUUUAUAUUAACAUAUAUUGGAUUACAAGAUGGUUUCGUCAUGACAUUUUCACUGUUUAUAAUGUAAAAAAAUAAAAACUUUUAUUUCCCAGGAUUUUCUGACUAUUGUGAUGCCAAAGAUCUCCAGUGUACUUAAACUUGGUGAUGCAGAACCUGUGAUGGAUGCAGAAAUGUGAGUUUCCACACUUUUAUCCCUAGCUGGGGUACAAAGCUGUUGUGAGAUGAUGUGGGGGUUCUGAAUGUAAUCUAAGCCAGGAGACUCUUUAACUUUUAACAGUAGGUAUCUUUGGAGGAGAGACAAUCACAUAAGUCUACUGUAAGUGUUUUUUGAGACAGGGUUUCUCUGUCUAAGAGCCCUGGAUGUUCUAGAACUCACUCUGUAGACCAGGCUGGCUUCCCAAAUGUUGGGAUUAAAGGUGUGUGCCACAACUGCCUGGCAAGUGAAUAUAUUUUUAUUCUGUGGCAGAAAACAAAUUGUGAACUAAUGUUAUCUAUAUAAGUUAAUCAUUUUUUAAGAAUUUAAAAACAAAAGCAAGUAAAUCAUUACUAAUCUCAAAUUCAAGUAGACUCAAACUUGGAUUAUAGGUUUGGUCCAAUCACUGCUAAAAUGUCUGCUGACUAAAUUAGAUAUAUCUAUUGUUUUUAAAUUAAUGUUUUUUCCUAACUUUCAAAUAAGUUGUUUAAAAUCUUAAUUAUAGACUGAUAAAUGUCAGUGUGAGAUUCAGUAAUCCCGAUGGAGAGCAUACAGGCGAGCGCUCUUGUUGAGAUGCACUAUUUUUUUUUUUUUUCGGUUUUUCGAGACAGGAUUUCUCUGUAGCUUUGGAACCUUUCCUAGAACUCACUCUGUAGACCAGGCUGGCCUUGAACUCACAGAGAUCUGCCAGCCUCUGCCUCCCAAGUGCUGGGGUUAAAGGCGUGUGCCACAAGUGCCCAACUAAACCUUAGUUCUUUAGGCUCGUUUCAAGUGCUGGCCAGCCAGCUGGCUCGGGGUCACUGUACUAAACACCAAAUAUCGACUGUUUCCAUCAUAAUAGAAAAUGCUCCUUGACCAGAUGUUACAGUACAAACUUGUAACCCAGCAGGAGGGAGGUAGAGGCAGGACUGAGUUCAAGGCCGUCUUACUGGACCACACUGCUGCAGGGCACAUAUUUUGUAUUUGUCCUUCACCUGCCAUGUAGUAAAUCUGAAACCACGUUUCUUCCCUUCACUGUUGAGCUGAUGAUGGUUAGGCCAGAGGCCUCCACAUACCAGGCGAGUGCCCUAUCACAAAUUGAGUUGUUGAUUACUCUGCUUAAUUGAUCACCAUCAAAACUCAUAUAAAACAUUUAUUGUCAAAUUGGAAAUUCUGUAGGAGAAGCCACAUUAAC